AUGGCACCAGCUCUUCAGGGAGUCGCCUUCAUUACAGGCGCCGGCGGUGCUCUCGGCCGUGCCAUCGCCAUUGAGUUCGCGCGGCAGGGCGUGAAACGGAUCGCCGGUCUGGACCUCAGGGAGGAUGCUUUGAUCGGCACUGCCGAAGCCCUCAAGGCCGAGGCGUCCGAUGUCGAGUUUCUACCCGUCACCGGCGACAUGAGCGACGAGGAGCAGAUCAAGGAUGUGUUCGCCAAGGUGGUGGCAAAGUUCGGUCGCAUUGACUACGCCAUCAACAACGCGGCCAUCGGGUCGCCGUUCAUUCCCACCGACGAAACCGCCACCGCCGACUUUGACCGCGUCCAGAAGAUCAAUGUCAAGGGCACCUGGCUGUGCGAACGCGAGGAGUUGAGACAGAUGCUGAAGCAGGAUCCUCUACCCCAGCAGCCUGGAUCUCGACGAGUGCCUUCGCGGGGAUCCAUUGUCGUUGUCUCGUCCCUUCUCGGCAUCCGAGCCCAACCUCUCAACGGAUUGUACACCCUUUCCAAACAUGCCGUGAUCGGUAUGGUUCGAACCGAUUCCAUCGAUUACGCCACCAAAGGGAUCCGUAUCAACGCCGUCUGUCCAGGGUUCAUCGACACCCCGCUGGUCACUCCCGCCAUCAGAGAGCUCCUGAAGCCGCAGAUUGACAAGACCCCCAUGGGUCGAAUGGCAUUCCCUGAAGAGAUCGCCGAUUCAGUUGUCUACCUGGCAAGCGAUCGAGCCAGUUAUAUUACCGGCACGGUUUUAUCGGUAAGUGAACUGUCUCAAUCAUGA